AUGAAGGGAGGGAUCAAGUGUUUCCUGUCGUGUCUCCUCCCCUGCGGUAGCCUCGACGUCGUCCGCGUCGUCCACCCCAGCGGCCGCGUCGAUGAGAUCGCGGCCGCGGUCACCGCCGCCGACGUCAUGCUCGCGCACCCCAACCACGCCGUCCGCCACCACCCGCCCUGCGAGCUCCUCCCGCCGCACGCGCGCCUGCAGCGAGGCCGGAUCUACUUCCUCGUCCCCGUCGUCGCCGCCCCCCACAAGGCCGCGCCGCCGCGGCCUCGCGCCAAGGCGCCGAUGAAGAAGAAAGGGGCGGGCGAUUGGGACCGGGAGAAUGCAGACGCUGAGAGGGGCGCGCUGGAGAAGGGGUUGCCGGCGCAGUUGAGCAGGGAUCGCUGGAGGCCAGGUGGCCGGAGGGUCGGCGCGUGGCGGCCGCAUUUGGAAAGCAUCGUCGAGAUCUCCACGAGCGAAUUAAAAAAUUAG